UGAUUUGGAGCGUCAUCACUGCGCGCCACGACUGAGCUGAGUUGUUUUUGGUCGCCGCUUUGGGAGUGAGGCUGUGGCGCGUAGGAUUCGUUUGGAAGUGCGUGGUUGAGCGAGUUAGGCCCCACCCGUCAUGUCGGAGAGCGCGGAGAGCCCUGUGGGGGCCCAUACUUCUCCUGAGUCCUCUGCUCAGGGUUCCACUGCUGCUGAGCCGCGGAUCAUCAAAGUGACAGUGAAGACCCCCAAGGAGAAGAAGGAGUUUGCUGUGCCCGAGACCAGCAACAUCCAGCAGUUCAAGGAAGAAAUUUCUAAGCGUUUCAAGUCCCACGCUGAUCAACUUGUUCUGAUAUUUGCUGGAAAAAUUUUAAAAGAUCAAGAUACUUUGAUUCAGCAUGGAAUUCAUGAUGGACUCACUGUUCACCUGGUCAUCAAAACACAAAACAGAUCACAAGAUCACCCAGCUCAACAAACGCAUGCUACUGGAAGUACUGCUACUGCAUCAAUAUCAAGCAGUAAUACCUCAACAUCAACUUCAACAAAUAGUAACUCUUUUGGCUUGGGUGGUCUUGGAAGUUUGGCAAGUCUGAGUAGCCUGGGUUUAAAUGUAUCAAACUUUUCAGAGCUGCAAAGUCAGAUGCAACAACAACUGAUGUCGAACCCAGAAGUGAUGGUUCAGAUAAUGGAAAAUCCAUUUGUUCAGAGUAUGCUUUCAAGUCCUGACCUGAUGAGACAGUUAAUUAUGGCUAACCCUCAAAUGCAGCAACUGAUACAGAGAAAUCCAGAAAUCAGUCAUAUGCUAAAUAAUCCAGAUAUAAUGAGGCAGACACUAGAACUUGCUAGAAACCCUGCAAUGAUGCAGGAAAUGAUGCGAAAUCAAGACCGAGCCUUGAGCAACCUCGAAAGUAUACCAGGUGGCUACAAUGCCUUGCGACGUAUGUACACGGAUAUUCAAGAGCCAAUGUUGAAUGCAGCACAGGAACAGUUUGGAGGUAACCCAUUUGCUUCCUUAGUAAGCAAUGUAUCAUCUGGAGGGGACAUUCAGCCAUCUCGUACAGAAAAUAGAGAUCCUUUACCAAAUCCCUGGGCUCCUCAGUCCAGCUCUCAGAGUUCCACGACUGCCAGCACCAGUGGUGAGAGCAGUGGCGGUAGUAACGUUGGAAAUAGCACCUCUGCCAGUAUGAGACAGAGCUCAACCAUACCAAAUUUGGGACCUGGACUAGGAGUUGGUAUGUUCAACACACCAGGAAUACAGAGUUUGUUACAGCAGAUAACAGAAAAUCCACAACUUAUGCAAAAUAUGUUGUCUGCACCCUAUAUGAGAAGCAUGAUGCAGUCAUUAAGCCAGAAUCCUGAUCUUGCAGCACAGAUGAUGUUGAAUAAUCCUUUAUUUGCUGGAAAUCCUCAACUUCAGGAACAAAUGAGACAACAACUUCAUACUUACCUACAACAAAUGCAGAGUCCUGACACAUUAUCAGCUAUGUCAAACUCUAGAGCAAUGCAAGCUUUGCUACAGAUUCAGCAGGGCUUGCAGACGCUAGCAACAGAAGCACCAGGACUUAUACCAGGAUUUAAUCCUGGUUUAGGUGGAUUUGGAAGCACUGGAGUUCCUACAGGCUCCACUGUACCUAGUUCUAUUCCCAGUGAAAACACUAGUCUAGCAUCAGGGGCCAUUGAACCUGGUCACCAACAGUUUGUCCAGCAAAUGUUGCAGGCGCUUGCUGGUGCAAAUGUUCAGCAGUUACAAAAUCCAGAAGUUAGAUUUCAGCAACAACUGGAGCAGCUGAAUGCAAUGGGCUUUUUGAACCAUGAAGCAAAUUUACAAGCUCUAAUAGCAACAGGAGGAGAUAUCAGUGCAGCUAUUGAAAGGCUGCUUGGCUCUCAGCCUUCAUAGCAGCAUUUCUUUAAUUUGAAAAAAAUAAUAAUAAUUUAUUUUUGAUAACUGCUCUUAAAUCUUUAAAAUAGUUGCUUUAUUUCAUUCUGACUCUUGGGAUUUUCUUGUUAUAACUAAAAUCAGUUAUGUAUUUUUAAGGUAAAAUACAGUAGUUUUCUUCAAAUGGGGAAUUGAUGUGUUUUCACUUGAUUGUUGCAUGCAUCACUUUGUUCUGCAUUACUGUUAAUUUUUCAAACUAUCAGCUUUCAUGGUUGGUUGAGCAGGUUUUGUUUGACUUGCAUCUGUCCAAUUUUUUUUAGUACUAAACCAUUAGCCUUCAGUAGUAAUUUAUGCAAGAUACAAAUUAAAAAGGAAACAAUUGAAGCUAUAAUUUGUGGAUACCAAUGCUGCUUAUGAUUAUUUCAGCAUGUAUUUUUUUCUAGCAAAAUUCUGCAAGAUUUAUACCACUUGAGUACCAUUUUUGCUUUUAUUUGUGUAAAGUAUAAAUAUAACAUACAAUGGAUACAGCUCAUUUCUAGAAAUUUACAUGUUACAAUAGAAUGGAAUUAUAAAUAACCAAACAAGGACAGGAGAAAAAAAAAGUAUGACAUGGUUUUUAGAGUAGAAUCUUCCAGCAUCUUGGUAAACAUCUCAGAAAAAAUGCUUGGGCAAGUUUGUUUAAAAUAUACUAGAAUUGCUGUUCUAGUGGUAUCUUAUGUUCUAGUGGUAUCUUUACAUCUAACUGUAAAGAAACUUGCAUUGUAACAUUCUCAUUGAAAAAAUGUUACGGAUUACAUUACCUUUCUGCAAAUUAACAGAGAACUGCCUUUUGCUCUGAAACUGCUUCUAAGGUUGUUUUUUUUUAUUUUUUCCACUGAGAUUCUAAAGUAUUAUGAUUUGUAACUGGAAACAUUACUUUCAGUACUGUCAUGCUGUCAUGUGAUAUUCUAAUUACUUCUAACCACCAUAUGAAAAAUACUGUACAUCUUAUUUUUUAUUGGUAGUUACCUCUUGCGCACAGGUAAUAAAUGAAUUUAAAAGUAUUUAAGCAUAUUGUUUUGAUGUGUGCAAUUGGUGAUUAUCUGGCAUUCAAGGUGACUGAUGAGCUUAAUAUAGUUGUCAUUUGAGUGUUAGCUCUGGGAAUAUUUACAGACUGGGUUGAGAUUAGCAAGCAGUACUUGGAGUAUGAAGUGGAGGGCAGAGAAGAAUAUGAUAUUGAAGACUUUUUUUUUUAGGUAAAGUGGAGGUAGUGAAAUAAAGCAUUCUGUUGUGUGUUACUGAAUGGGAUUUGCUUUUUAUUGGUCUUUGGUGUCAGUGUAAUUGUGAUCAUUCUGAUUUAUUUCCUGUAUUGCAUUAAACACUUAAUCUGAACAAACUUUUCUUUUGGUACAAAUAUAAAUCCAGUUUGCUCUAAAAAACAUUGUCUGCAAAUUGUUUACUGGUCUUUGGCUCAAAGUUGUUAAUAAGUGAAAUGAAGUAUUAGUUUUAACUAAUAACUGAAGUAUUACAAUAGUAAAUUAUUGUUUCUUUAUAUUCUAAUGGAAUAUAAAGGAGGGUGUUAAGCAUGCUUUCUUCUCCAUACAGUUAAGUUAUUAAAACUCUUGGCAAAGCCAAGCAUGCAGAUUUUUCAGGAAGCAAUUGUGCUGCAUUCUUCUCUCAGAAGUUUGUCUGUCCAGUAACCUUGUUUCUUCAGCAAUAAUUGAUCAAAUGCUGCUGAUGUUUUUUGGGUAAAGUUUAAAAAAAAAACAAACAAAAAAAAACACUCAGUUGUCAGGUGUCUGGAUCAAAGUCUCAUACAUACAGCAACAAAGAAUAUUAAACACAACUGAAUUAAAAUAGAAUCUCCUGGUGAUUUGAGUUUUAUAUAGUCAAAACCUUUUAAAAUACUUAGUUCGGGUGGGAAAUUAUUACUUUUGUUUCUUAGCCAAUGAUAGUAAACGUGCAAGGACCUUCACAGUGCCUUCUUUUUGGGUAGGUAGCUUUCAUUGUACUGGGUACAAAGGCUGUGAUAGGGAAGUAAUAGCAAGUAUCUGUAGAUAAAUCACAAUUUUUUCACAGUUACUUUCAUAGUUACACUUAAGAUCUUUGAAGUAACUAAUCUGACUUGACCUUAUAGUAUGCCUUAUAGGAACUUUGCUUUAAAACAGUAAGAUCUCCAGUCAUUCAGAAGGCAUAUCCUUCUAAAAAUAUAAUCUGUAACUUGUGAAAAGGCCGCUGUCAAAUUGAAAGGGCAAGGCUGAGAUAUGGAAGGGAGUGAUUUUUGCCAAGCUUUACUAUGAUACUAAAGCACUUAAUCUGUUUUACAUGAGCAUUCUUUUGAGACAAUAUCUAGUUCAUCUAUGUAAUUAAAACAGAGAUAUGCUAUUUUAAGUCAAAUUGUUACAAUUUAAGAAAAAAGUGGUUUAACCUAAAUUGUACGAUGAACCCUUGAGCUAAGCUUACUUCUUGUACAAUCAAUGUUUAACUAUGUCACUAAUUUAACUAUGUACUUAUUGUCAACUAGUAAUGACAAUUAGUAAUUGAGUAGCGGUAAAACAUUGAAACAUCGUUAGUGUGGGAGGAAUUUUGGUUUUGUUGGAAAAGACUUUCACUGUUAAAAGUGGCAGUAGGUGGAAUAUGGUUUGUAGUAGGAGUAAAAUUUUAUUAAGUCUUUAAUAAUAAAUGAUGCAUCACACUUGUUGGUUUAAUGGCAUAAUAGAGUAAGCAAUCAUCAAGAUUCUACCUCCUGCCCCAUCACACUAGGCUUUUAGGCGCUCACUUUUGAAAAUGUCUGAUUUCUUUUUGGGUAUGAGGGCUUGAAAUUUAAUAUUACUGCUUGAUAAUCUCUCAUGCAGCUGCUUUCCUAUCACUGUGUAGUUUCCUGAAUUAUUUAGUUUUCUUGUGUCUGAAAAAAAAAAAAAAGCAAGCAUAAAUCUGCAUUUAAUAGUGGACAUUUUAGAAAAGCUCUUUGUAAAAUUGUGUAUUGGGAAAAUUAUGAAGAUUUCAUUAAAAGCAAAGGUACCACAAGAGGGUGCCAUUUCUUUAAUUUUCAUAGUGACUAAACUAGCAUGGCAACAAUAAUAAAAAAAAAUCUAUAUACAGCUGUACAUGGGGACAAUUCUAUUCAUGUAGAAUCUUUCUUACACAAAUCAUUUGCAGCUUUUUCAUAAAGUUAGGCUGAAGAGGCAUCUAUUGUGUAUUAGGGAAUAAAGAGCUUUUUAAAGAAGAUAUUAACGUUAAAUUCUGUGAGUUGUGUAACUGACUAUAUUCAGGAUUCUGAUCACAGAAAGCAAAAUAUGUAUUCAAAAUAGUUUGAUCUUGUGUUUUAAAGCGUGAAUGAUGUGUUGGUCAGCUGAUUUAAAUCUCUAAAAAUAAACAUUCCUAAAAAAAGAAUCCAGUCAUACUGUCCAAGAUGUUUAGGCAUUUGGUAAUUAUUGAAACUAAUAAUCUAGAAAAUCUUAUACUGUAAUCAUUAUCAGUAUAUUCUGUGGUUAUGCUGUCUGGAAGAAGCUAAUGUCAGGUUCAUUAUUGAACUGGAUUCUUGAAAUUUAUCUUUAUACAGAUAGUAGAAAAACAACCAUAAUUUGAAACAAUUUUCCCAACUCUAUUAUUCGGGGCUUAGUUUACCCAUAGCGAUUAUUAUAAUACCUUAGAUUAGUGAAAGCAUAAUGUUUUUACUAGCUGCAGAAUAUUUUAUACUACUACAUAGGUUACUGUUUUGGAAUACAAUGGGGAAAACGCUUAAGGUAGUGAUGCAAAUCUUUUUUCCCUCUUUAACUAGAACUUAUUAAUGAUGGCAGUUCUCUUACGUCUUCAAUAUAUCAUGCAAUGCACAAAACCAGGGAAUCUUGUCUUAGAAACUAAAGAAGUUAAUUCAAAAUUGUUUAUAAAGUUUAUUUGAAAUAGUUGAGAGAGGGAGUUAGGAGAAUCUUAAUAAGUAUAGAGCGCUGACGGCAUUAAACUAGGAUGCUACUUAGUGUCUUUGCUAACUAUGGUGCAUUGUGCAAAUUAAUUAAAGCAAGAAGCCUUGGGCCCCUUACCAAGGUCAGUCUCCUAAUAAGAGUGUGAGCCUAUCUCAAACUGGCAGAAACUGGUCCUGCAGAUGGAAAAGGGCCAAGGAGCAACUGAGUCUGCGCAGAGACAAGAGGUCAAGGAGCGGUGACGAGGAAGAGUCAUCAAUCUUCAUCCCCACAACCCCUGACGACCACCACCAGGAGACACUGCACAAGUGCGGAUGGGAGGAGUUUAUGGAAAUAACUCCUUGGAACUAAUUUUAAUAUGAAGCGGGGACAGGUUAUGAAUAUGUAUAGGCGUAGUGUGAAACUUCAUGCAUAUGUAACUCUUUGCUGCAUAUAACCAAAGCAAGUUGCCACAUCAGGUGCGCAUGACUUUGGAGGGACUACCCCCCCCCGUGGUGCUUCCCAGUGAUAAAUAAACAUACCUACUUUACAAUCUUA